UUCGAACUUAGUACUGCAAUAUGCGCAUUCCUCUCAUCCCAACUCUUUCCACCCGAAAGAUAAUAUGAUACCAUCACUUUAAUUCUUUAUAUGAUUGACUUAUGCUUGUGACCGAAAGUAAGAUCAUAUCUCAGCUAUGAAGGCAAGUUUUUUCACCAUCACUUUAAUCCUUCUUCUGAUUAAUGUUUCAUUCUCACAAGAAGUAUCUACUGAUGAUUUCCUUGAAUGCAUCUCCCAACAAUUCAACAACUACUCUUUCAUUUCCAACCAUGUCUACACCCCAUUCAACAUUUCCUUUUCUUCAAUCCUAUUGUUUUCCAUUCGGAAUCUGAGAUUCGCCUCGGAUUCUACUCCAAAACCAAAAGUGAUCAUCACCCCAGAGCACGAAUCCCAGAUCCCGCCAAUCAUAUAUUGCGCCAAAGAUAAGGGAUUGCAAAUCAGAACUCGAAGCGGUGGCCAUGACUUAGAGGGGCUAUCUUAUGUAUCACAAGUCCCGUUUGUGAUAAUUGAUUUGAUCAAAUUAAGUGAAAUAACUAUUGAUGUUGGUGAGAAGACGGCAUGGGUUCAAUCUGGCGCAACCCUUGGUUCUUUAUAUUACAGGAUCGCGGAGAAAAGCCCGAUUCUUGGGUUUCCUGGUGCUGUCUGUCCGACUAUUGGUGUCGGUAGCCACAUCAGUGGAGGAGGCUACGGACCGUUGAUGAGGAAAUAUGGCUUGGCUACAGAUCAAGUUAUCGACGCAAAAAUAAUCGAUGUCAACGGCAGGAUUCUUGAUAGAAAAUCAAUGGGUGAAGAUCUGUUCUGGCAAUCAGAGACACAGUGGAGGCGCUAGCUUCGGUGUGAUAGUUGCUUGGAAGAGAUAUCGCAAGCAUCCGAAGACUUGCAACUGAAUUCAAUAGCUGCAACGUUGGAAUAUAUCCUUGCUUGGCAUGACCGACUCGAGACCCGAUUGAUUGAUCAUGAGCGUAGGGCAGCAACCACGGUCCAUCCGUUGUGCCCAGAACCUGACCCACCCGACGGAACCCCACUAUACGCAGCCGCACAGCCGCAAUUCCAGUUCACCUCCUACCAGCCACCAUCGGCUCCUUACCAGCAAGAGAUAUACCCACCACUGGAAUCUUUAUACCAGCAGCCGCAGCCGACAAAUGGGCCUGUUCCGUACUUGUUGUCGCAACCCCAUCACCAAAAUCCUAACACUUAUGGGUACCCGCCUGCGCCGCCUCAACAGCUACAACCGGUUCGAACCCAACUCCCGACCUGCUGGGACCACCACAGGCGUGGCAGCCCUCCGCUUGGGAACAACCCGCUCCGUAUCCCGACCAACUUGAUCGGCAGAAGCCAUAUCAGCCUACACUCAGCCCCCACACGCUGACAAGCAGCCCUAUGCGUGGCCGCAACCGCCGAGCCAUCAUCUUCAACACUACGAUCUCCCUCUGCCUGUGCAGCCUUACCACCAAGGAGCACCGCAGCAGCAAAGCACAUCGUCGUCUAUUGAGUUGUCGUCUUACUACGCCGCACCAAGACCUUGGCAGCCCUUGCAACCGCUGCCGGUGACAGCCCCGUUAUUUGCCUCUAAUGGUCAUCCGCAACACGGUGUCUCAAGCUCAGGGAGAAAGGAGGAGGAUGCGAAUCUGCCGGAUGGUGAAGAAAAACUUUGUGCAAGGAAGGAGAGGUUGAUAGAACUUAGUAGGAUGUUAAAGCAGAACAAGAAAGAGAAAGACUCUGACAAAGAGGUCAACAAUAAUUUUUCGAAACUGAACGAGAAGGAGAUAAAAUAUGAAGAUCUUAAAUCUAAGUUAGAGAAGAAGGAAAAAGAUUUAAGGGUACUUCUUGAAAAGCCGGGCACAAACGAGAAGAUGGAGAUUCAGAGCCUUGUUGCAAUCGAGAUAUUAGAGCACGACCUUGAAGUGGGAAUGGAAGAGUUAAAGACCGAAGAAUUGGUUCAGAAGGAGUGCGCAAUCAGCCAUACGAUGUAAAUAUUGAAAAAGAGGGGUCUGACUAGUGCGUAUGAUCCGGGAGGGAAUAGCUCGUCAAAGCUUCUGUUCGCAACGCUCUUUGUUGUAUCGUGGUUCCCACCUUGAGGACAAGGUGGAUUUUAACCGCGGGAGAGUUGAUAUGUGCAUAUCUCUAUUAUUAUA